AUGGGAAAAGUAAAGAAUAGGAGGAAAAGUCUAAAAUCAUUAAAAAAAAAGCGUCGGUCUGUUAAGAAUUCUAAUUUGAUUGUAAAAGAAAUGAUAUCCAAAACAGUAGCUAUGGACAUUAAUGAACCAAAUGCAAGUGCAGUUGCUGUAAUAGAGGAUAACAAUGAAAAUUCACUUUCUACUGAUGAACAAAGUAUAAAAACGGUUUCUCCCAAAGUAACAGUACCAAACAUUACAAAUGACGAAAUUAUAGAUAUUACUAAUAUUACUGGUAGUGAUAGUACAUUUGAAAACUCCCCAACUGUAAGUCAUAAAAAAACUGCCCUGAACAUCAAUAAUGAUGAAAUAAUAGAUAUUACCGAUAUUACUAUCACAAGCAAUACACGUGAAGAUGUCCAUAAACAAUUUUCAAGUGAUACAAUAUUGUUUGAUGUUGAUGAUGAUGAUGUCCAAAUUAUUGAUGUCCCUACUUGUGUUCAAAAUAAAUCUAUUGAACUUAUUACUAUAUCAGACGACAGUGAUGAAGAAAAUACAUUAAAUCAAGAAUCUGUUGAAAAACCAAAGAAUUUUAAAUCUGUGCACGAACGUCUAGGUAUUCCUACAACGGGCACAGUUAAAAGCUCAUAUAAUAGUCCUUUACGUAACCGUAAAAGGAAAUGGGAAGGAGAAAAUACAACUAAAUUUAAUUAUUUGGGUGACAACUUAGGAGGAUUUAUUAUUGAUACACAAAAAAUUUCUUCUACUUCACAGAAUUUUAUUACGUUGGAAAAAAAACCUGUUAAGAAGUUCAAGCCACACGUAUCUAAAAUAAAUACAACAUCUAGAACCAAUAGAAAGUUGCGACCAAUCAUCAUUGAUGGUUUAAAUAUUGGAUUUGCACAUGGUUCAGGAACGUUUUCAGCGAAAGGCAUUGAAUUAUGUAUACAAUUUUUCACUGAUCUAGGACAUAAUGAUGUGAUAGCAUUCAUUCCACAACAUCGACAGGGACCACCUGGGUCUGAAUCGAACACCAUCUUAAAUAAUUUAGUUAAAAAAGGGCAAAUCUGUUUUACACCUAGCCGAAAAGUCCAAAACACAAGGAUGACAUGUCAUGAUGACCGAAUUAUACUCAACUACGCCCAUAAAUGUGACGGAGUGGUUGUUUCAAAUGACAACUAUCGAGAUUUAUAUGAAGAAAGUGAAGCAUUCAAAGAGAUCAUUGAAAAUAGACAAGUAAUGGUCACAUUUGUCAGGGAUGAAAUAAUCGUUCCAGAAGACCAAUACAAUCGAAGAUCAACUAUCCGGUCUCUUUCAGAUAUUUUGUGCUUUCCAGAAUAA